UGUGGGCAGACACACAGGAGAGGGUACAGUAGGUUGUAAAAAGAAAUUCAAAAUUACAGAUCCUGUUUAACGUGCAGCAGUUAGCUCUCUUUUAAACUUAAAAAAAGACAAACCAACAAAACAGUAAACACUUGUUGAGCUUUCUUUGCAUAUUCGCCAAUGUCUGAAGAAGUUACUUAUGCACAUCUAAAAUUCCCAGAAUCCAGGAAGACAGAAAAUAUCCAGGAGGUUGACAGAUUUGGGACACAAGCACCUCCUGCUGCUUCCCGAAUAUGGCGUCAAACAGCCUUGACCCUGACUCUUUUAUGUCUUUUGCUGCUCAUUGGACUAGGAAUCCUGGGAAGCAUAUUUUAUACCACUUUGAAGAUAGAUAAAGGAAGAUUGAAUAAACUGCAAAAUGUCAAAGAAGAACUUCAGAGCAACAUUUCCUUCCAGCUGAUGACUAACUUAAAUAGGUCUGAAAAUAUAAGAAAUCUCUCCAUCACUUUGCAAAAUUUGGCUACCAAAUUAUGUCGUGAGCUGAAUAGAAAAGAACCAGGGCACAAAUGUAGCCCUUGCCCCAACAGUUGGAUAUGGUACAAGAAUAACUGUUAUUUCUUAACUACAACACUUCAAACAUGGCAAGACAGUGAAACGUCGUGUUCCUCUCAGAAUGCCAGUUUGCUGCAGAUUAAGGAGAAGAGUACAUUGGAAUUUGUAAAAUCCCAGAAAUUAUAUUACUACUGGCUGGGGUUAUCUCCAAGACAAGAUUACAGAAACUCAGAGGAAGUGGAUGAGCACAUUACCUCCUCUGCCGGGCUUAAAAGAAGCACGAAUGACAUAAAUAAGAUGUAUUGUGGGUAUAUAUAUGAAACAAAGAUUUUUUACAUUCCCUGCACUGACAAACAAAAAAUUGCUUGUGAGAAGAAGGCCAACACAGUGAAGACUGAAAAUAUACUAAUGAGUGAAGACCCUGAUGGAAGAAUAUAGCCAAUUGUUUUGCUUUGGGUUAUAUCUUGUAAUGGAAGAAACAGGCAACAUCACAUAAAAGGGAUAAAAAUUUUGUGAUUAUAUUUCUGCCUCUUUUCUAAUAUUUAUGUCUUCAAACUUUCUCUCAGUUGCUGAAUGCAAGAUGCCUAAGUCAAACUUUAUCAUUUCCAUACAGUGGAGAUACUGCUCAGCAUAAAGCCAGUAUUUCCUGGUGAAUACAGGAAUCUGAAGGCCCCAUCACUUUUGUAGUAAUAAACCAGGUAAAUUUCAAUCAUAAAAAUAAGAGAAAAUUAAAUAAAAUGUACAAAGAAAGAAUAAUAUGACUAACCUUGAUUUAUUCUAAUAAUGUAGAUUGACUAACAUUUUGAAAAAUGAGUAAAAAAGUCAUUUCAACAGAUAAAGUAAAAAGCAUUUGAAGGUAUUUGCUCUGGUUUAAAUCUGAAAUGUCUCCCCAAAUCCCAUGUAUUCAGAAAUGGGAAGGUGAUUGGAGGAUGAGGGCCUAUACUCAUUAGUGGAAGAUUCAUGUCUCAAUGUGCUGGUAGAAGGUGGGGCCUGGCCAAGAAAUGUGGGUCACUGGGGUACAGUCUGGAAGGAGGUGUUCUUGUCCUCUGCUCUUCCCUUCUCUCUCUGCUUCCUGACUGCCGUGUGAGCAGCUUUCUCCCCCCACACCAUUUCUGCCUUCUGAAAGCUGUGAACCAAAAUAAAACUCUU